GGGUAUUUUAGACAUUUACAUGAUUUUCCACAAAGUUCUCAGCCCUAGCCAAAGUUCCCGCUAAAUCGCACCCAAUUCCGAGGAAGGGAGAUGGGAUCGCCGGCGAACCAAAUCACGAAUCUGGUCUCCCUCCGGCGAUCCCUUCUCUAUUCUGCAGUACGUCGUCUCUCCUCAAAUGCCGUCCCCGCUUCCUCGGAAUUCUCUUCUCCCCCCUCCUUCGCACCACCAGCGGAUACCACUGAGAAGGACGAUAUGAUAUACCUGAAGCGGCCGAACUCAUCGUCAUCGUCGCAUUCAGUGACACGCGACGAGGUAUCUGUGACGAUGCCGAUGACCUUCAUGACGGGAUCCGUGGUGGGAAAACGCUUCUACAAGGAGGUGACCACCCGAAUGGCAGACGACGGCAACGGUUGGACGGUGAUGCUCGACUACCGCACUCUCAAGACCCCUUCCAAGCGACCCCUUAAGCUCCCAAAUUUGGCCCUAGCUAAGGCUAUUGCUGCCGAGUGGGAGUAUCAGCAAACAGAUGGGAUUAGGCCUUUUACAAUGCCCCUAAUGAAGCUCGCUUGCACUGCUCUUGAAAGAGUUCCACUCACACGUGCGCAAAUAAUACAAAAUUUGAUAGAUAAGUUUCACCAAGAUUUGGUAUUCUGCCGCUCACCUGGUGAUACUGAUUUGACUAAAGGUUUGCGAGAGAAACAAGAGGAGAAAAUUGACCCUUUAAUUGAAUGGCUUCAAUCAGAAUUUCACUUUAAACCAAAACUACAUUCCAGCCUUUUUGGUGGCAAGCAGGACGAAAUCUUCGUCAAUGCUGUAGAAAACGUUCUCAAGAAGACUACCGACUCCGAGUUAGCAACAAUAGACGCAAUAGCCUCUUCCGCACAUUCUUUGGUCAUCGCUCUUGCGAUUUUCCGUGAGAGACUCGAUAUAGAAGAAGCCAUGGAAUUGAUCAGGCUUGAAGAAGACCUGCAGGUUGACAAGUGGGGUUUAGUUGAAGGUGGUCAUGAUGUUGAUAUUGCUGAUCUUCAGGUGCAAAUCUCCUCUGCUGUUGUAUUUUUACAUUUGUCAUAUAGGCAGUAAGCUCAACUCUCUCUUUCCAUGUCUACUUUGGGUAACAAUAUCCAAAGCUUAAAUUUGAUCAGGCUGAGCUUUAUGGCCAUUAAAUUUAUUCUGAUUAGUAUUAGAUUAUAAUAUUUUUGAAAUAAAAUUAAUGGUUAAUACUAUUUGUCA